AUGCCGGAAAAUCUUCCGGCUGAUACCGAAUUACCGGGCGUCGACGUGUUUAUAUGCACGGCUGAUCCUACUAAGGAACCGGUUCUUGAGGUUAUGAACACGGUUUUAUCGGCUAUGUCACUCGAUUAUCCAUCGGAAAAACUCUCCGUUUAUCUCUCCGAUGACGGUGGCGCCACCGUGACGUUGUAUGCUAUUAAGGAGGCAUGUGGAUUUGCUAGGGUUUGGGUGCCUUUUUGUAGAAAGUAUGGAGUGAAGACUAUUUGUCCUGAUGCAUUUUUCUCUUCUUUCGGUGAUGAUGAACGUUUGAUCCUCAAAGGAAAUGAAUUCGAGAGCGAAGAGGAAAAUAUUAAGGUGAUACAUGAUAAUAAGGAGAGCAAAUUGCCACAAUUAGUUUAUAUGUCACGUGAGAGGAGACCAUCGAGCCCUCAUCGUUUCAAGGCUGGAGCCUUAAAUGCUCUCCUUAGGGUUUCAGGGGUAAUGAGCAAUGCACCAUAUAUGCUUGUAUUGGAUUGUGACAUGUAUUGCAAUGACCCUUCUUCAGCCAAGCAAGCAAUGUGUUUUCAUCUUGAUCAUAAUAUUACUACUACUCUUUCCUAUGUACAAUUCCCUCAAACAUUUUAUAAUGUUAGUAAAAAUGACAUCUAUGAUGCUCAAUCAAGAUCAGCAUAUCAGAAUAAGUAUCAAGGGAUGGAUGGAGUAGGAGGAACAGUUUGUGCAGGCACAGGCUAUUAUUUGAAGAAAGAAGCAUUAUAUAGUACUCCAAUUAACCAAGAUAAUAUGACUACACUUUUUCAAAAAGCUCAAUUAGAAUACAAGUGGGAAUCUCAAUUGUAUCAAUCAGGUUUAUCUUAUUAA